AUGAAGAUUGUUCCAUUGGAUACAAACUAUACCGAGUUUGGUCACAGAGUAGAAGAUGUGGCGUUCAUAACACAAAUGAUUCUCGGCACCGUCGGUCUCCUGGGAAACAUUCUCGUCUGUGUGACGAUAGCUCGGGCGAGAUUCAUGCACAACGUCACAAACGUCUUCAUCGCACACAUGGCCAUGGCCGACGUUCUCGUCUGUAUGUCUCUACUCAUCUUCCAGUACAAACACUUCGUAGAAAUUUUCCCCGGGGGAGGGAGUGUCCUCAGAAACGAGAUCAUUUGUAAAGUUUACAAGGGUCAGGCUGUGCUGUGGUUCACAUCCGACCUGUCUAUAUACAGUAUGCUCGUCGUGACCGUGGAACGAUUUGUAGCCAUCGUGCGGCCUCUACGGUAUCCAAGUUUUUUCACGCACUACAAGGUCGCAGUCAUGGUCUCCCUGACUUGGUUUAUGGCAGCACUCGUUCAAACCCCACUCUUCGUGUUCAACUCAUACAACUCAUUUGAAAUGAAAUGCCACAACAAGGCCGUGUCACGUAAUGGGAUCACAUCCCUUCUCGUAGCCGGCUUCAUGAGUCUCAUGUUGCCGGUCGUGGUGUUAUUUUGGUGUUACAUCCGAAUUCUCAUCAGCCUGAGAGCGAGCGCCGUUAGCCAUCGGCGGGAAAACAACCUCGCUCACGCCGAAGAGCUCUUUAUGGCGGGAAGAAGGGUCGUCAAAGUUCUCCUGACAGUCUCGGUCCUCUACGUCUGCAUUUGGUUCCCCGUUCAUAUCCUCUUCUGUAUCGUCAACUUUGUACGUCUGUCACCAGACGUGGAGAUAGUUUUGCGGGCACUUCUGCCGACACUGGCUGGCGUGAACUCGGUGGUGAACCCCUUCGUGUAUGCCUUCAAGUAUAAAGAAUUUCAGCGCGGUGUACGGCAGCGUGUUUUUCCUUGCUGCUGUUAUCGACAAAGAGCCCACGUGGCUCCAUCUUGA